AACUCUGAAGAAAACACACAUACCACUGCUUCUCUACAAUAUAUUGUGCUGAGAGAGGAGGCCUUGCACUUGCACUUGCAUUGCAACACCCUAUGAGAAGCUCAUAGAGGGGUGGUGGCAGUGGCGGUGCAAAAUUGCAAGUGAAAGUAGGAUAGGAUUAUGAGCAGGCUGGCCGGGUCCGCGAGGCGGGCAUCGGCGGCGGCAUUGGCCAUCCUUCUUGGGGGCCUUGUUUUGGUGUCUUUGGUGGUGGAGAGAAGCUCGAAGGCGUCGUCGCCGAUGAGCAUUACCGCAGUAGGUGGUAGAAGGAUGAUGAUCGGAGCCAAUGGAGGGUUGGGUGAUCAGAGGAGGACACUGGAGGACUUCAGGGAUGAUGAUCCUUUGAGCAGCAGCAAGAGGAGGGUGCCCAAUGGACCGGAUCCAAUCCACAACAGGGGAGCUGGCGAGUCAGGAAGAUCUCCAGACAGAGCCUAGGCGGCACGCGCGCCCCGAUGAACCGAAGUUUCUGAAGUAGUUAUUGUGGAUCUGAUCAUUGUGUAGCAAGAAGAAAGGG